AUGAAAAAAGGCAAACUCCUCGCGCUAUCCCAGAGAGGCGAACCCGCCAGGCAGAGGCGGAACUGCCUGUUCGUCCUUGCCGUGAGGCGGAGGUACGAGAACAUGAGGACGGUUCUGAAGGAAAGCCAAAGAGCGCAAGACGAUGCCUACGCAGAGGAAUCUCACUACCAUAAAGAGGAAAAAAUAAGCCAAUCGAUUAAACAAAGAGAUAGCCACACGCACAACAAAGCACGAGAAAAUAUUUUAAACUACUACGAUGAGAAUAAAAAUGUGAUAAAGACAACGAACUACAUUUUGAGGGAACACUUAAGUCGUUUCAUUUACAUAAACCAGAGGAGCUGUUUUUAUAACUACUUUUACAACGCUUUCCCAUCUGUCCUGAAUAAUUAUUUGAGACGGGUUAAAAGGGGAACAGAGAAAACCGGCUUGGGAGACAUCUCCAGGAAGAACGGUGACCAUGUCGGUGGGGCGGAAGCCGACUGCCCCGCCGCUUCGGUCGCUUCGAUCGCUUCUGUGGCUUCCAUUGCGUCCACCUCCCCAAAGGAGCCUCUUCCCCCAAGCAGUAAUAGUAAUGACGAAAGGAAGCGAUCCCUAGGCAUUCUGCACUACUACAACGCACACACGAAGCACGAAAUACAGACAGACCAUUUUAUCGACUUAAUUAGCCAACAGGUAAAAAACUGCCUUAACAACGCCGGCGAAUUGCUAAGGAGCAUCCAUGAAAACGUGCACUGGCGCAGCAUGAAGAUGAAGAGCGCAGAUCUGCACAAGCUGGAGGGGAUCUUCCAAAAGAUAAUGGAACGAACAAGUGAAACAAACGAUGUAAAUAAAAAGGUGGAAAUUCUGCUCUACCUAUCCAAUGUAUGUAAUCAGAGUGCCUUUCCAAAGAUCCACGCGGAGGUUAAAAAACGCAUACAAGAAAUUUACGAACAUAUAAAAAAAAAAAACAAAAAGGGAGUAGACGAAUUGUACAUUUUAUUCCUCCUCUAUAAACAAUUCCUCUCCUGCAAAAAUGAAUGUUGA